ACUCGCAAUGGCGCGUUCAAAAAUUGACCGUUGGACUGCACAGUGCAGUACGUACAGCGUACCAUAGUACCAUACCACCAUAGACCAUAGUCGUACUGUGCUGAACGGCGGCUGUUUAUUUUCGUUGUUAUCUUCGUGUUGUCGAUACGCCGUCGUAGACAGUGUCGCUGUCAGAGCCAGUCGUGGACUCGUGGUCCUCACCGUAAUCGCCGAAGAGCAGCAGCUGUUGCAGAGUAUUGCMCUGACGCCACAAUUUGUACCGCGUUUUUGUUAUCGUCGUUUAGCCGUUACUAUUCGCAAUCGCGUCUUUGGUCGCUGCUUUCACCCCUCCCCCCUCAUUCCUCAACAGUCAACACAAACCAUUUCGGCCGCUUGUCCCGCACCGCGCCCGCGCGUUCGACAACAGUCAUUCGUUCGGCGGUUCCCGCGCUAACCGAUUCGGUGUUUGUGUCGUGUCCCGGUAAACCUACAGCGAUUGAGUGUUUCUAUUGCAGUUCCGUCCGCCUGCUGCCAAACAUUUACCUUAUACGUUUACCGGCUUACCGCCAUCGUUUCUGGCAGAUCAUCUGUAGUUCUAGUUCAUUUUGAUUUCAUACUCCCGGCCACUACAAUGCAUAAAGGAGUGGCUGAUAAUGAGUAUGAAAUUGAAUCAAUUUUAUUUGAUGAUACGUACGGGAGCAAGACAAUGUAUCUCGUCAAAUGGAAAAAUUACCCUAUGGACCAAUGCACAUGGGAACCAUAUCGGAAUUUAACGAACUGCGCUCAAGCGUUACAUGACUACAGAUCGAAUAAGAUAGUUGCUACUGAAAUAUAUCAAACUCCACGUUAUAAAGAGUUAUAUGAUUCACUUAAUAUUUUUGCUGAACAAGAACUCAUUGAAUUGUUGCACCAUGUAGUUCAGGAUGGCAUACCCUCUGUUGAUCACAAGUUUGUUAAGGGUACUAUUGCUUAUUUAUCAACAGUAUCACCAAGUAGUAGAAGUACGUCAUUAACUAAACUUAUUAGACAUAAUUUAAUGAUAAUUGAAGUUGAUAAAAAACGGCAAAAACAAUUGGAAAGAUUAGCUAAAUGGCAAAGUGAUAUGGCUGCAGUCUGUGGAUUUAAUAUUAGUGUGCUAAAUAAUGUUGAUUUUGAAGGCCCACCAAAGCGAUUUUUUUAUGUGGAUGAAUGUGUGGCAGGCAAUGGAGUUGUCAUUCCAAAUGAUCCUCCAGUUUGGUGCCACUGUGAUGUUACCUGUGGAGGAAAAAAACGUAAAAAAACAGAAUGUCAUUUUGGUGAUUUUCAACUUGCGUAUAAUAAAUUCAAGCGCAUUAUAGUUCCUCAAGGCACUCCUAUUUAUGAGUGCAAUAAAAAAUGUACUUGCGACGCAACAUGUGUAAAUCGCGUGGUUCAACAUGGUCCUAGCAAAAAUUUAAAACUUCAAAUAUUCCGUACUGACAACAAUCGCGGUUGGGGAGUCAAAACAUUGUCAAAUAUAAAACAGGGUACCUAUAUUACCAAAUAUACUGGUGAAGUAAUCACCAGAUCAGAAGCUGAUCAACGGGCUGUCACACAUGGAUCAAAGUCAACAUACUUGUUCGAUCUUGACUACAAUACUGAAAAAAAUGAUAGUGUUUAUUCUAUUGAUGCUACUACAUAUGGUAAUAUAUCACAUUUUAUAAAUCAUUCAUGUGAUUCUAAUCUGGCCAUAUUUGCUGUAUGGAUUGAUUGUUUGGAUACUAAUUUACCGACACUGGCAUUAUUCGCAUCUAGAGAUAUUAGAUCAGGUGAAGAGAUAACAUUUAAUUAUAUGACUUCUGUCAACAACGAAAAUAGGAGAAUUAAAUGCAAAUGUCUAUCUGAUAAUUGCCGUGGUUACCUGUGUUAGUAACAAUAAUUUUAUUUUCAUACCAUAUCAUAAAUGUAUAAUUUUUAUUGACUAUUUAAUACCAUUAUUAUUAUUAUUUAUUCUAAAAAACAUGGCUCAUUAUGAAAAGGUAUAAUUUAAAAUUAAUUCUAUACAAUUUUUGGCUUGACAAAAAACAAGUUAUUAGAUGUAUAUAAUGUAAAUUUCACUGAUUUAAAAGUAAAGACAAAAUAUGUCUUAAAAGUACAUAAUAUUUUUUUUUUUCAGUCAGCAGAAAUUAGUUGAUUUUAUUGGUAUUUAAAAUGAUUAGAUUAUUAUUUCGAGGUUAACUUUUUGUCAUUAGUAAAUAUUUAUUUUAAGAAAAGAAUUCAAUAAGACAUUUGAUAAGAUUUUCUAUGGGAGUACCUUGGUAUCCAAUAUAAUAUGUGACUUUUUUUCUCCAAAAUAAACAUUAUAAUAAAAUUUUAUAUGUAAGUUGGCACAUUCAGUUAACCAACUACACAAAUACAUAAUUUAAUUAAAAGUAUUAAAUUUAUUGCUGCUUUAAAGUAUAAUUAAACUGUUUUUUUCUUCUAAUUAGUCAAAUUUUAUUUAGCAYUAAAUAUUAAUACCUAAGUAUAAUUUCAUAUUAUAUUAUAAAAAAAUAUUUAUUCUUGUAAAACUAAAACAUUUUGUUAAUUA